AUGGGUAUAGCAGUGAGUAAAUAUUCAGAUAUUUCAAGUAAUGAGUUGGUUGCUAAAUUUUGCUCGAAGGAGGUUAUAUGUCCAAAUGAUCCAUUCUGGAACCAACUCCUCUCUUUCAACAUACAGAUACCAACUAAUGCCAAUGAACAGUUGAUGUUCGAUUCGAGUGCCGAGUCACUUCUACAGAAGUUUCUCCAGAACAAUCCUCAAACGGGUAACUUUGGGUCAUUAGUGCAGGUUUUCAUCACCCGGGCCACAGAACUAUUGGCUGCACCAAAUUCUGACAAUGUAAUGCUUGCAUGGCAGAGUUACAAUGCUCUGUUUGUUGUCCGAGCUGUGGCCAAAUAUCUUGUUGAAUUGGUCCCCGAGUAUGAAGUCUGCAAACAUCUUGAUGUACAAGCUGCUGUGGCACCUCCUCCGGACCAAUCUCGCCCUUCCUCCUCUCCAGAGAAUGAACAGCGAAGCAACGAAAGUCGCGUGGAAAUGUUGAUAGACGCCCUCAUAGGACUCAUCAUUGAUGUGCCAGUUACUGAUAAUACGUACUAUUUACAUCUGGAGUGCAUCAAUACAUUGUUGGUGUUGAUGUCUGUGUACAUGUUUUCUGGUGUACACGGACAGACUAAACUUGUGGAGACAUCAUUAAUAUAUAGAACUCUAUUCCAAGGUCGCUACAGUAUGCACGCGGCUACUCUCGUCAAAACGUUGUUAACUAACCUCUGCCUGAUGAAGCCGGCCCCACCACAAUUCGGUGAUACAGGCCCGGGAAGUAUGCUUAUUAAUAUAGCAUCAAGUCUAUGGAGUAUGUUGACUUUCGCUCCAACAGCUCGUCAAACUAUUUACACCAAUACACCAUUGGAUAGAACGGAAUUAAUGAGCAGGUUAAAGCUUGAACAUAGUGUAGCCAACCAGUCGUGUUUGUUGUUACUAGCUUUGGCUAAUCAUUGCAUCAAUGAUGACAAUAUGUAUAGGACAGCGUUGCUUCAAUGUGAAGAUACUGCUGAAACAUCGACCAAAGAAACAAAUGCCAGUGUCACCGCACCAAGAAUUGAUAUGGCAGCACUCCACAAGGCUCUAUGCUGUACGGCGGGCUGUGAACAUUCAACUCUGCUUCUCUACCUGAUGCUACACUCUUGCAAAGCCUACAAGAAGCAUGUCAGUCAAGUUCCGGAUAUAGAAAACCUGAUAGUACCGAUACUUCAAGUUCUUUACAACGCUCCUGAAAGUAAUUCACAUCACAUAUAUAUGUCGCUUAUAGUACUAUUGAUAUUGACGGAAGAUGAUGCUCUCAUUAAAAAUGUUCAUUUAAUUAUGUUAAAGAACCUUCCGUGGUAUACAGAACGCUCUAUAUCAGAGAUUUCACUUGGAGGUCUAAUGGUUUUGGUCGUUGUGAGGGCCCUACAAUAUAAUAUGGCUCGAGUUAGAGAUAAAUAUCUCCAUACAAAUUGUUUAGCUGCCAUCGCUAAUAUGAGUUGUGAAUUCAGAAAUCUACAUCCCUAUGUGAGUCAAAGGCUUAUAUCAUUGUUUGAAACUUUAACCAAACGGAGGACAAGGUUGUGUAGUGAAAUAGAAGGUGAUAGUAUAGGUCUGCCGCAUCAUAUUUCUGUGUGUGAUGUUGAGAAGACAGAGGAAAUCAUUGAACACAUAGCGGUCUUAGACGAAGUUCUUCGUAUGUUGUUGGAGAUCAUCAACUCGUGUUUAACACAUCAGCUAGUGAACAACCUCAACUUGGUGUACGCUCUGCUUCAUAAGAAACAGCUGUUCCAACAACAUCAGCAUUUACAUAUAGCGCAGAAUAUUGAAAUGGUGAUAGGAUACUUCUCAACCCGUCUCCAAAGGGUACAAGAAGGCGCUGGCGGAGAUCUCGGUGUGAAUGAAGUGUUACAAUGUAUUAAGAAAGGUGCCGAACAAUGGUCUAGUGAUAGACUUAAGAAAUUCCCCGAUUUGAAGUUCCGUUACGUUGAAGAGGAUAGGCCUGAAGAAUUCUUCACACCAUAUGUAUGGGCUUUAAUCAGUGUCUGUGGCAAUAUAUAUUGGGCCAGCGAGUGUGGGACAAGGGCUGCCGGAGACUUGUUGGCGUGA